AUGAUGCAGCCUCAAGCUGGCAGAGGACAGCCGCUGUUUCAUUUUGAAGAAGAUGGCGAUAACUUAAGAGUGCCUCCGAAUAAGCCGUUUGCCAUCAACACCUCUAGACUUAAUGCGCUGCUGCUAUCGAGAACAACAUCCAACCUGACGGACUUUUCCAACAUCAACAGUGUUCUUCAGUUUCCCAUAGAGAACUCCCAUUCAUAUUCAUACGCCCACUUGUCGCCCAACUCAUUGGCACUCCGACUUAAUGUUUUGAAAAGAUCGCUAGAGAUUCUAAAUGAGAGACCUGACUGGUUUCGCUCCAUCAACUAUGACUCCCUGAACAACAGUGAUGAUGAUUUGCCUGGUGACAGUAUGCCCUCAUGGAACCUUCAGCCGAGUGAUAAUGGCCACCGUCGUGUUUCGGCUCGUCUGGUCAUGUAUCAUGAUGCUUCCCGUAACGCCAGUGGUGAAAGCAUCAACUUGAGUUCAGAUCGAUGCAAAAUCCGCCCGAACGCCUCUUCUGCAGCCCUUUCGAUGCUUUUUAGACCUCAGAUGGCGAGGGCUGACAGCUUGCCAGCAUCUAGAUUCCCGUCCCUGGGACUGGCCCGCAAGGAUCUCAAAGUUUCUACGACCAACUUAUCAUCGUGGAAACAAGAGGAGGCCAAACUUCUUCGAGACAUUUCCUCACCGGGUGACACUAUGCUCAGCGAUGAUUUACAAGACAUAAUCCAAAUUCUUGAAAAUGAUUCGUCAGAGCUUGACAACAACACUGAAAUUGCAUCCACCCUCCACGAUUUGUCGCUAUCUUCCGGAGAACAUGACCACCGGGCGAAGAAGAAUAUUUUGAAGUCUAAGCUUCUAUUGGCUUUGGCCACUCCAUUUGUUGAGUCCACCUCGCUGACCUCAUCCCUUCUUGACUCGGCAACCCCACAAUCGGCUGCGGCUAACCCGCCAGUUAGUACCUCCACUGCAUCACUCACCCUCCUCAAUUCACUUAAUCUGCCACUCACACCCUCGACCGGCAACAGACCAUUCCACGUAUUAUCCCUGGGAAAACAUUCCUCCCCGCAGUCAGUUUUCACUGUCGAGGACGUGAAUCCGUGGAACUUGAAAGCUGCUAAUGACUUGGCAUGUUUGAUGUUCGGUGUUUCGAAAAACAUGAUUAAGAACCUCACGUUAAUGGAUCUUAUUGCUCCACAAUUUAGACAUUUUGUGACAGAACGUUUGACCAAAUCAAUUUCUGAUUCAUUGGACAGGAAUGGAGCCAAGAGCCAGAUCAUCCUCGCUGGUGAGAUUAUCGCCAUCUCAAGACAGGCUGAUCACACAUUUGCAUGGACUUCUAUGUGGGCAAAAAAAAGAGGAAACUUGAUUAUUUGCAUGUUCGAGCAGAUCCCCUGUGACGCGUUCGAUAUAGUAGUGCAGUGUGAUGUUGAAAAGUACCCUCAUCACAAGUAUUCAGUGGCCUCUGUUCAAGAGAUCGCUGGAAAGUUAUUAACGUCUGAAUGGAAAGACUCCCUGAAGACCCUUGAGCAAGUUUCAAACUCAUUGGACCACGAGUUAACCUCGCUGGCUUCAAGUCAUUCGAAAGAAUCCACUGCAUGCGACUUCCGUGAUAGUGAGACAAUUAACAAGAUUCGCUAUUUCACCCUCCAAGCCCGUGACGAUAACAUUCCUUGUGCAGUUACUUCAUACCCGCUCGAACUCAAUGACGACAAGUAUGAGAUCAAGCUCAAGUUCCACUCAAUGCCCUACAUCGCAGGUAUGUUUGUGGUGAACUUUUCAGAUUACGAUAUUCUUUCAAGCAAUAAUGCUAUUGCGAACAAUCUUUUCGGAAAGUCAUCGGAGGAAAUCCUUCAUCAUAGCAUCGAUGAGAUCAUCCCAGGUUUCACCAAAAUUCUAGAGACUGGUUUGAAGGAUCAGAAUGAUAUAUCAAUAAUGCCGGGAUUGGUUUUGCCGGAGCAUUUUUUCCGAAAGUAUGAUGCGGUCCUCAAGCACCGCGAUUCUCAGGAGAUUUCAAUGGAAGAGUUAUUUUUCAAGUCCAAAGGAAUAUCUGGUAUUCACAGAGACGGCAAACCUCUUUCCAUUGAUGUCCAGCUUCGCGUCAUUCUGUCAGACGUCUUUGUUCUCUGGGUGACUUACUCAAGGCACUCAAAGAAUAUCGCAAGUGAGCUUGACAAACUAACAAGAAGCGCAUCGUCAAGGUCUUUGACGAGCAGCCCCAGACAAAGAAGCAAUUCUGAUGUUCUGGGCAAUGACUUGCCUUCGCAACUCCGCCUUUUCCCUGAAAAUGAGGAUGACCUUAUGGAAUUAGGUCAUACGAGUCCUCAUAUUAGCCGUGCAAACAGCACCAGGAGACCAAAGAAAGCAAACACUUUCUCAAUUCCGGUGACAUACAUGGGCAAUGAUGUUGAUUCAAAUACCUUGAAGGUUCCAGGCCAGUUUGCUCCCCGAUCAUCCUCAACUCGCGCCAGUCAAGACUCUAGGACCAGCGUGGAAUCCGCCGAAAGUGGGGAUACAGAGUCAGAGCCAACUACUCACACUAAUUACUCGAGUGAGACCCGCUAUACUCGAUUCACAGAGGAAGAGCUUCUAAACCUUGAGAAUGAGGAUUUGAAGCAAAAAAUGAAGAGGUCAAAAGAGUGGCCUGCUUCUGUGGGUGCAAAGCGGCGUACUAAGAAGUUUGAGGAAUUCAAGGUUCUCAAGAAAUUGGGUGAGGGUGCUUACGGCAAAGUCGUUCUCGCAGAACACAAGGAAGACCCUGCUUACAGGAUAAUCAUAAAGUGCAUUGACAAACAAAGAAUUUUGGUCGACACUUGGGUCAGAGAUCGACAACUAGGGACAAUUCCUUCGGAGAUUCAAGUGAUGGCUACACUUAACCACGAGCCUCAUCCUAACAUCAUGAGAAUUAUCGACUACUUUGAGGAUCCAAACUACUACUAUUUGGAAACUCCUAUUUUUGGUGAUCCUCCAGCUAUCGAUUUGUUCGAUUACAUCGAGGUCAAGAAAGAUAUGAGCGAGAUAGAGUGCCAAUACAUCUUCACGCAAAUUGUGAACGCAAUUUAUCAUUUGCACAAAAACGGCAUCGUUCACAGAGAUAUCAAGGAUGAAAACGUCAUUGUGGACGAACGGGGCAUCAUCAAGUUGAUCGAUUUUGGAAGCGCUGGGUAUGUAAAGCUGGGCCCAUUCGAUGUUUUUGUCGGGACGAUUGACUAUGCCUCUCCCGAGGUGUUGAGAGGAGAAAAGUAUGAAGGCAAGCCUCAAGAUAUCUGGGCUUUAGGCAUAUUGCUUUACACUAUGAUAUACAAGGAGAAUCCGUUUUAUAACGUGGACGAGAUUAUGGAGGGUGACUUGAGAGUGCCCUAUGUUGUGAGCGAGAAGUCUCUUGCGCUCAUAGAGAAGAUCUUGGUCAGAGACAUCAACAAGAGACCUACUAUCACAGACAUCAUUGAAGAUGAGUGGUUAGACAUUUGA